GCUCAUUAAACGAGAAACAUUUUACGAUAAAAGUAUCACUGAACUGUUUUAUUAUUUAAUAUUUGGUUAGGAUCGAAAAUAGUGUUAUUCAUCAACAUAAAGUAAAAUGAUUACAAUUUUAAGGACAAUUUCUAGAAAUCUUACUAAUGAAAAGUUUUCUGUUGUUAAGCGCGUUGUUUAUCCCCAAGGGCUUACAAGUUUUCAUUCAUGUGCACGCUUAAGGUGUGAUGCAAAGCCGGAUGAAAACGCAAAUGGUGCUGAAUCCAAUAACCUUACUGCCGAUGAAAUAAAAAGGCAAAAUAAUGACCGAACACAAGUUAUUCCGGUAGAGACUUCAAUGAGAUACCUGAAAAGUGCAGCCUACAAAGAAACCUAUGGUGAUCAAUUAGUUUGGGAGCAAUAUAGACGCAACCACAAAGGAGCAAUUCCACCACGUAAAACACGUAAAACUUGUAUUAGAAAAGGAGUAAUAUCUACAGGAAAUCCGUGCCCUAUUUGUCGUGAUGAAUAUUUAGUGUUGGACCAUCGUAAUAUUGACUUGCUGCAACAGUUCAUUUCGCCACAUACGGGUCAAAUUCUAAGUUAUUCUAAAACUGGUAUUUGCCAGAAAAAACAUUUUGAAUUAACAGUGGCCGUUGAACGUGCCCGUGAUUACGGUCUAAUAACCUUUGACGUGCCUUUUAGAGAAUUCGAUCUUGACGAAUACUACGGAAAAACUAUAACUAAAAAAGAAUAACAAAAUAUAGCUCUUCAAAUUUAAAUAAUAAUAUAGUAACUUUUAUAUAGCAGAAACAAAAUAAUGACUUCAUAUGGUAGUGACGAUAAUUUACAAUUCGAAGAGCAUUCAUCAACAUUCCUCGUAGUUGGUGGUGGAAUCGCAGGUGUCACUUGUGCGGAAACAUUAGCAACAUACCAUCCAGAGGAGAGCAUUACUUUAA